AUGAAACCAAAGACCAAGUUUGGCUUCUUUAAGGUGGGUGCAGCUAUAGGUUUGGGAGGCUCAUUACUAUAUGCGACCAAUGAUACCUUUCGUGAUACUACUAGGCACCUUGUUAUAACCAGCGAAAGAGUUGGUGUUGUGGUUAUCGCAACUAUGAGAUGUUUUAGAUUAUAUUUGAAAACCUUGGGGAAAGAAUAUUCAACUCAUCAAGAAAGACUGCAGGCUUUGAGUAAAACCCACUUGAAAGCAGCAAAGAUUACCUUGAAGGCACUUGAAGCAAAUGGAGGUAUUUAUAUCAAAUUAGGACAACAUAUCACUGCUUUAACGUACUUAUUACCUCGUGAAUGGACCGAUACAAUGAUUCCUUUACAAGACAGAUGUCCAAGAUCUUCAAUCGAAGAAAUAGAAGAUAUGUUUGAACUGGAUAUGGGGAUAUCAUUGUACGAGUAUUUCUCUGACUUCGAUCCUGAACCAGUAGGAGUGGCUUCAUUAGCACAAGUUCAUAUCGGUACUUUGAAGAAAAGUGGAGAAAAAGUAGCAGUUAAAGUACAGCAUCCUUCUUUAUCUGAGUUCGUGCCUCUAGACAUUUAUUUGACUAGAACCGUCUUUGGUUUAAUGCGUAAAGUUUUCCCAGAAUACCCAUUGACUUGGCUCGGUGAUGAGCUUCAAAAUUCUAUCUACGUUGAAUUAAAUUUUACCAACGAAGCUGCCAAUGCAAAAAAGACUGAUAAGUACUUUCAAUCCUUCCAAAAUGUUACAGCUUUGAGAGUUCCACAAAUAGUAUCAGCGACACCAAGAAUCCUUAUAAUGGAAUAUGUUGCUGGUUCCAGGUUGGACGAUUUGAAAUAUUUGAAAGACCAUCAUAUAAAUCCUUCCGAUGUAUCUUCCUGCUUAUCUCAUAUUUUCAAUAAUAUGAUUUUUACUCCCGAUGUGGGUUUACAUUGUGAUCCUCAUGGGGGUAAUUUAGCCAUUAGAGCAGUGAAAAAGUCAGAGUCCAAGACUAAAUACAAUUUUGAAAUUGUCUUAUAUGACCAUGGUUUGUAUAGGAAUAUUCCUUUACAAAUGAAAAGAGAUUAUUCCCAUUUUUGGUUAUCUGUUUUAGAUAAUAAUAUCCCUGAGAUGAGAAAGUAUGCUGAAAAAGUUGCUGGAAUUAAAGGUGAACAAAAAUUUAGAAUUUUUGCUUCGGCCAUCACUGGGAGAGAUCCUGAAAAUGCUUUAAAUUAUGAUAUAAAGAAAGCAAGAUCUGCGGAUGAAGUUGUAAAUAUGCAAAAUCAAUUACAAGGCGAAGGCGGUGUACUAGAAGAUCUUAUGGAUAUGUUGAGUAGAAUGCCUAGGAUUGUUUUAUUAAUUCUUAAAACCAAUGAUUUAACCAGAAGCCUUGAUGAAAAUUUAAAUAAUCCUUUAGGUCCGGAACGUACUUUUCUUAUCAUGGCUAAUUAUUGUGCCAAAGUAGUUUAUGACGAAGAAAUUGAAAUCAACAACAAACACCAUAAGAAAUAUUCAUUAUUUAGAGCAUUGACUAAUAUCAAAAGCUGGUUUGCUUAUCAAAAGAGAAUAAGCUCUUUAUAUUUUUAUGACCUUUUUAUGAUCUUUCAUAAUUUAAAAUCUCGAGUUGGCUUUUAA